CGGUCCAGACGGACAUUCGCACUCACAUGGAAGAGUGAAAGGUUACCACUUGUUCCUGUACCAGCAAAACCCGCUGAUCACUUUGGCCAGCAUUUAAGACUGCGAUCAGCUGAAUAUGGCACGGACCUUGGGGUUGUUUGCAACUUGUUUGCUGAUUUUUCUUCUUUCAUUGGGCGCGAACGGGGAGCGCGGCAGGGAGAGAGUUUAUUAUGUGGGGAUCAUUGAGGACUUCUGGGAUUACGCACCAAGUGGAAAAAACCUGCUUAACGGGAAAGACAUCGAAGACGAUGAGCAUGCAUCAAUAUUCCUACAGGGAGGGCCCCAUCGAAUUGGAAGUGUUUACAAGAAAGCUGUGUUCAGAGAGUAUACAGAUGCUUCAUACAGUCGCCUGUCUCCUCGACCUGAUUGGCUGGGCUUCCUGGGACCCAUACUGCGUGCUGAGGUUGAUGAAACUAUUGUUGUCCACUUAAAGAACUUUGCAACCAGGAACUACUCUAUGCAUCCCCAUGGGGUUUUCUAUGAGAAGGAUACAGAAGGUGCACUCUAUCCAGACGGGACAUCAAGCAAGUUGAAGAAAGAUGACUGUGUCCCUCCAGGAGGCAGCUAUACCUACCGCUGGGAGGUCAAACCUGAGUUUGGCCCCACAGAUGAUGAUGCCAACUGCUUGACCUGGGUCUACCAUUCUCAUAUUGACGCCCCCAGGGACAUCGCCUCAGGACUUAUUGGGGCGUUACUCACAUGCAAGAAAGGAGCCUUGAAGGAGACUAAUGAACUAAAUGCAGCCGAGGGAGACUCUGCCGUAAAGUCCGCCCGCAGUGAUGUCGACCAGGAUGUUUUUUUAAUGUUCAGUGUGGUGGACGAAAACAUGAGUUGGUACUUGAAAAACAACAUUCAGAGAUGUUUUGAUCCAGAAACAGUUGACCCAGAAGACCCAGACUUUAAAGAGUCCAACCUUAUGCACGCUAUUAAUGGGUACAUGUUUGGUAACCUUCCUGGAAUCGAGUUAUGUCAGCACCGUGCAGUAGCCUGGCAUUUGUUUGGGAUGGGUAAUGAGGUAGAUAUUCAUUCUGCAUUUUUCCAUGGGAAUACCCUGCUGGACCGUGGUCACCGCACUGACGUCCUUAGCCUGUUCCCAGCCACGUUCGCAACAGCUGAGAUGGUCCCAAAAGCAAAUGGAAAAUGGCUGCUGGCCUGCCAAGUUAAUGACCACUUGCAGGCUGGGAUGCAGGUCUUUUAUGAAGUGAAGUCGUGUAACAAUGAGGCCGGAUCCAUGCUGGCAGGUGGAGUUGUAAGGAAUUACUACCUGGCGGCAGAGAAAGUCCUAUGGAACUAUGCUCCCUCAGGAAGGGAUUUUAUCAGCAACGUAUCCCUUACUGAAGCAGAUAGUCCAUCAGAUAUGUUUUUUGGCAGAGAUGAUGGAAGGCUCGGUGGUCAAUACAUAAAAGUGAUAUACAAAGAGUACACAGAUGAUACUUUCACUACUGAGAAAUCAGCUGAUCUUGGACAUUUAGGACUAUUGGGUCCAGUCCUGAGGGCAGAGGAGGGUGACACUCUCAGAGUGACAUUCCUCAAUAAGGCUGAUAGAAACUACAGCAUCCAGCCUCAUGGCCUUCAUUAUGAUAAACACUUCCAGGGAAGCAGCUAUGAGGAUGGUGUUGAAAAGCCAGGCUCCCAUGUUGGUCCAGGUGAGAACUUUACUUACACCUGGCAGGUCCUGGAAGGCCCAUCAUCAUCUGAUUCUUCCUGCAUCCCUUAUCUCUACUACUCUGCCACCGAUCCUGCCAAAGACACCAAUUCUGGACUAGUUGGACCUCUUCUUGUAUGCAAGAGAGGAGCACUUGGGGACGGCGGCAGACAGAAGGAUGUAGAUAAGGAGUUCUUCCUUCUUUUUUCUGUCAUGGAUGAAAACAUGAGCUGGUAUUUAGAUGAGAACAUUGAGAAGUUUGGCAGCAGUGAGACUAAUCAAGAGCACGAGGACUUUCAGGAGAGCAACAUGAUGCAUGCUGUAAAUGGGCGCAUGUAUGGGAACCUUCUUGGACUGGAGAUGUGUUCAGGGGACAAAGUCAGGUGGUACACCUUUGGGUUAGGUACAGAGGUGGACAUCCAUGGCGUGUAUUUUGAGGGAAACACUUUCAACAAACAAAGCACAACCCGGGACACUCUCAACCUUUUCCCUCACACCACUGUAGCUGUCGACAUGAAGCCUGACACUCCCGGUGUGUAUGAGGUGAGCUGCACAGUAAUAGACCACUAUUCAGGUGGCAUGAGGCAGUGGUAUAAAGUUAAUGAGUGCCCAGGAAAAAAAGUAAAUCACAAAUACACAAAGCUGAACAAGACUGUGCGAUAUUUCAUCAGUGCUGAGGAAAUAGAGUGGGACUAUUCACCAAAGAGAGACUGGGAGCUGGAGAAACACCAUAGCACACCAAAGGACAGUCCAGGCAGCAUAUUUGUGGGAAAAGGAAAGAACAGAAUUGGCUCACGCUAUAAGAAGGUGGUGUAUAGAGAAUAUACUGAUGACACCUUCAGUGUUCAGAAGAAACGGCAGCCCAACCAGCAGCAUUUGGAAAUUCUAGGGCCAAUAAUCAAAGCAGAAGUAGGAGAGCAGAUCGUGGUUAUAUUCAAGAACAAUGCCACUCGACCAUACUCAAUAACCACACAUGGCGUUAGGGCCAGCGGUGGACACAUUCCUGUCAAACCCGGCAACUUUAUCGAAGUAAUUUGGGAUGUUCCUGAAAGCUCUGGUCCAGGGGUCACGGAUCCUAACUGUAUCUCUUAUAUCUACUACUCCACUGUUGACUUUGUUAUGGAUCUGUACAGCGGCCUUCUGGGGCCUCUGGUGAUAUGCAGGCCUGGGACUCUGAAGCGUGUGGAGGGUUCCGAUAGGGAGAGGGGUGACGUGGAGAGGGAGUUUGCACUGCUCUUUAUGGUGCAUGAUGAAAACAAGUCCUGGUAUUUGGGAGACAAUAUCAGAACAUACCUUGGUCUCAACCCUGAGAACUUCACUCCAGAUGAAGAGUUUGAGGAGAGUAACAAGAUGCACGGGAUCAAUGGGAAGCUAUAUGGGAACCUCCAUGGAUUGGAGAUGACUCAGGGCCAGAAAGUUGACUGGUAUCUCAUCGGAAUGGGCAACGAAAUAGACAUGCACACUGUUCACUUUCAUGCAGAGACCUUUACUUACAAGACGGACCUUGUGCACCGUGCAGACGUCUUUGAUCUGUUCCCUGGGACCUUCCAGACUGUGGAGAUGGUGGCUGGAAACCCAGGCACAUGGUUGCUCCACUGUCAUGUGACUGACCAUAUCCAUGCUGGCAUGGAGACCACUUUCACCAUCAAAGUUCCAGAAAACUCCUCGCAUGGAACUAAAAGCUCCAUAAAGAUGCUGCUGUCGCUGUUUGUUCUACUGGCUAUAGGUUAAUGAUGAGGGACCCUGACAACAGAUUAUAUGUGUAGAUUAUAACUGUGGUCACUGAUGCACUUAUAAAACACGGAGUUGCUGUCACUUGUGUGUUUGAUUGAGAUCAUGUACAUAAAUAUCAAGCACGGCCCAGGCCAGUUAAAUUAUAUAUACCACUUUACAAUCAUGUAUAAUGUUCAAGAUGACUUUAUGCAUUAGAAUGAAGGAAACAAAGCAUUUUACAGUUGGGAUUUGUUUCUGUUGCUGCUUUCUGUCAUAUUGCACUAUGUUGGCUUUUAUUGUUAUUUUUUUUUAUUUUUUUUACUUCUGCUACCAAAUACUGGAUUUCAAGUAUGAAUGUGCAAUAAAAAAAAAUUCAUCUGCA